CCUUCAAAGACAAAACAUCUUAUAAAGGACUUCUGUAACUACACUACAACUCAUGGCGUUGGAAGGCUGGCUGAAGCCAAGACAAUUUUUAGCCGAUUCAUUUGGAGCAUUUUUAUACUCGGUUCGCUUAGUAUGUUCAUAUAUCAAACAAGCGGCUUAUUUGGAUUGUAUCUGAGUCGUCCGAUAUCUACGGUAGUGAAAGUAAAACAUAAAACGGUAAGUCAGAACAAGUCAGUCGUAAUUUACUUAUUACAGAUUCACUCACUGCCUUACAAGCAAAUAAUGAAAUGAAAUAAGCUAAUACUGCUAUAAAAAAAAAAAAGAAUUCUGGAGAAGGAGACAACCAAAAGAGCCAAUGCGCCAUACUAGGGAUGCCCCUACUAAUUAAAAUAUAAGAAAAAUAUCUACAAAUAGAAAUGUAGAUGUUCUAGUUAUCCUUGAUAAAGUUUAAAGCAUUUUUUUUAAAAGUUGCAAUACUAUUUGAUUCUCUAAUAUGAUUGGGUAAACAAUUCCAUUCAUUUACAAUACGGUUAAAAAACUAUAUUUAAUACCAUCAGUUCUACUAAAAUUUGUAACAAGGUCCUGUAUGUCAUUUUUCCACCUGUAUUUCUGUCCUUACAAAAUAUGAGCUUAUUUGAAAUGUCAAUAUCAUAAUGUACAUUAAUUACAUUAAAAAAUGUAACAUGUCUAGUGAACCUCUUAUUAAUCAAUUCGCUUUGUAGAAAUUAGUUCAAAAACAAGUAUAACGUACGAUUAACAAACGUGAAACACGCAAUUGUACUCAAAAUCCACCGAAUCAGUAAAACUGUUUCUUUUAUUUUCUACUUUUGCUGCAACAGCCCUUAAAAUAAAGUUUGGUACUCUGAUACUUAUGCUUAACUGCCUUGAACGUCAGUCUAAAAUAAAACGCCGGGGUGCUCUUUCCUUCGAUUAUAUUAUAUUCGAUUAUAUUUUUAGCAAAAAUAUAUAAUAUAACAUAUCUUUGUUAAACCUUAACAUGAAAUAUGCUACACGAUUUAGAAAUUAAAAAAUCUAAAUAAUAUAGCAUAGCGUCUUAGGAAAUUGUUUCUAAUUACUUUACAUUAUUAUUAUUAUUAUUAUUAGUAUUAUUAUCAUUAUUAUUAUUAUUAUUAUAUUUUUUUCACGUUCAGUUAGUAUCGGCACGAACGUUAAAAUACUUUUAAGUUCAGUACGCCGAUUUUUAUGCAAGGUGUUCUGUUCUUUUAAAUUAGUUUCUAUAGGUAUAAUACUCGUUAGGUUAUGACAGCCUUGGAUUCUGGAUUCCACUCCGAGGAUUCUGGACUCCCAGGUACAGGAUUCCAGUCCUUGUCGGUGGAACUUGGAUACUGGAUUCCAGUGGUUAGAGGGAUUCCGGGUUCCUGGAGCCGUAUUCCGGAUUCCAAAAAAAAUUUUCCGAGAUUCUGGAUUUCACAAGCAAAAAUUUCUUGGAUUCCGGUAUCCGUAGGCCUUACAUGAGCUUUACAGUCCAUAGCAUUUAUAUCACCAUGAACUGAGAGGACGUGAGAUUUUAUCUUUCAUAUGUUAAGUAGUAUAACGAAAAAAAAAAAAACUACAGUAAAAGCCAGGCACCUUGAUCCCUUGUACCACUCUCAGUUAGGGUUUAUCCGAGUUAAGCUAUAUUGAUUGUAGUCGUUGCUUAACAUCGAUCAACGUUUUGCUUUUCACAGGAAGUAACUUUUCCAGCGGUUACUGUUUGCAAUCAAAACCCAGUGAAACUUAAUAAAAUACCAGAAAAUUACCUCCGGGACAUUUUCAAAGAAGUUAAUGAGCGGCUAGAAGAAGAACACAACGGUCUAGCAGGUAAAAAAUAAGUUCGAGAAAUACGUAAAAUAGACGCGAGUUACUUUCCUUAUGAUAUUACACAGCGGUUGCAUGGGUCGCCGGCGGUAGAUCGAAAAUUCGCACGGUAAAUCAAAUCUCUUCCUAACUUGGGGGAAAGUGGAUUUCCUUUGGAUUUACUCUAUCCAUUUACCGUAAUUUAUUUCGCAGUAACUCAAACCUCAAAGAACUGACCUUUUUGAAAAUUUGAUGGUAACGUUUUUGCCUCUCAAACCCCGGAAAAAUAAAUUUACCUUUAAGACUAAGGACUGUGAACAACACGUUGUUUUUUAAAAUUAAAAUUAAGUAAUAUUUUGAAACUAAGGUUCUACCGCCCUCACCUUAGUAUUCCUUUGCUGUUUUGCACUGCAUUAUCGUCUAUUAUUCAACGCACGUAAACAUUACGCGACCCUGGGAAUAAACCCUUAUAGCAUUCGCUUCUUUGUUUGUUUUUAAGAACUAAGAUAUUUUUCCUUUUUAAAAUACAUUUUAGGUAUUAUAUUAUUUAAUGCUAUAUCUUAAUUCCUUUUUGCAGAUGAUGAAAUAGAAACCACUGAGAGUCCUACAGCAGAAACACCAGGCAACGAUACCGAAUUAGACAUCGACCCAGAUGAUGAACUCAGAGCUGAUUAUCUCAUUGAAGAAUUACUGAUUGCUAAGUUAGCAGUGGAAAACAACACCAUGUUAUCUGAAAUGGGACACCAAUUUAAGGACUUGGUCUUCGAUUGCAACUUUAGGGGAAAUGAAUGCAGGUGCGGUUAAAAUCAUGCCUCUAUAAAAGGAUAUAUUUCAUAGGUGAUUGGCCAUAGUGCAAAACCUUUCUUGAGGAAAUGAGCUUUAUUUGCGUAAGAAUUAAUUUUGGAGCAAAUCGGCAAAUAAUGACCUACUUUUAAUUAUUCUUGGUCGGCGAUAACAAACAUGUGCACUUGUCUUAGAAGCGACGUACACUAAGACGACUCCCCGCACUGAUUUAUGUCGCUGUCGAACUGGCCAAUUAUAGCCUGUAAAAUACAUUAAAGAAAUUACACUUAUUCAAAAAAUCUCGAUUAUCUAAAUUCACUUUUAGAUUAUGUUUUCAGAAAAAAUUAAAGACUCUCUCUCUGCGCUCACAAGAUUUUAAAAUUGCCGCCAAUAUAAAUUUACUUUGCUUCAUCGGGUGCUACGCGGCGUGGCCUGGGAACUGCCAACAAACAGUCGAGAUCUCACGUCAGAAAUAGGUAGCUGCCCUGUGCGGGCAGCAAUUAAUUCUGUCCAAUUAUGUCAAACAAAGGCUUCUUUUCAACGUCGACGGAGUCAAAGUCUUAUUCCAAAGUAAAAAUAAAUGAUAAAAUAUAAAUUCAUACCCGUUCAUACAGAACAGUGUGUUAUAGAUGACUUUUCAAAAUGAAUACUUUUCACGAAUCGGAACAGUUUUCAAUUUCUCCGCUAAUGUGCUUACGACGUUGUUGAAACAAAGUUAAGGGAUCGGAGAUGCGAGCUGUGCAAGAAUUAGUCACAUUAUCGGCUUAUUCUUAAGGCGACGACAAACAAAGCUCUAAAUACUGGGAUAUGCAAUCGAUCAAUCAGAUAUAAGUCUAUGUCUAAUAUCACAUAUAAAAAAACUAACCCUUCUCAUGCGACCGUUGUCGAAUGUGAAACUGGUAAUAUAGUGAAAUAUAUACCCUAGUAUGCGCUUUCUUCUGUUAAUCGUUUUCUCGAAAAUUAUCUUUUUUUUAGAAAUUUUUCAAAAUAUUGGUAUCAUUUCUGGGAUUUUCGCUAUGGAAACUGCUACAUAUUUAACAGUGGAAUCAAUCAAACAAUCCUCGAAACGCAGACAACUGGUCCCUUUGGAGGUACGGUUAUAAACUCAGAGAUUUAUGAUAUAGAAAAUAUAAAAUAAAUAUAAAACAGAAAAAAUAAUGGAUUUUCCAGUAGAUCAGUGGCAGACUUUCUCGGCUAGUUGAAACUUGCUUUCCUUCGCGCAAUUUUUUAAGUAUGAGCAUUAAUUAAAGCCGUUUUUCCUUCCAAGACUCCAAGGACUAACGAUUCCGCUUCAGGUAGCCUGAGUAUCAGGCCUUAAUCCUAAGGGGCCAAGGGGCUAUCAGCUCUCUCCCUUUUUCGCUUCCAUCUUUCCCCUUUUCCGCAGAAACGCCUGAUACUCGGGCUAGCUUCAGGUUGUUGAGUUACUUUUUCAGCCUAAGAUUUCAAGACACGCACGACUACGACGACAAGCAAUACUAAGUAGCGCGUGAACCAGCGUCAUUAGGGAGUUUACGCAACGACGACCAGGACAGGAACGAAACAACAAAAAGGCAAUAGGUUCAUGGCUUAGCAAAACAACAACUUAGUGCACGUGAAUCACGCUUUUCUGUACAUUUCUCUGCCGUCGUUGCACGACUACGGCGUGAAACUGCUUCAUUUCACGUUUUGUCGAGAACGGGAACAAAAGACAACAACUUUCUUUUUCUUUUCCUGAACUUUGAUGCAGUCCAUUAGAAUUCAACUACACAAAAAUUUGGCAACAUUUGACGAAUUAAACGAGAUGGAAUAAGCGCGAUAAAUUUUGAGGCAGCGCAAAUCCACUUUUAAGAGACGUUAUCGUAGCCGUCGCCGUCGUCGUUGCGUUGGUAGCCGUCGUCAUUCUACUACGGGUUUUAGCCGGAAUAGAGAGUUAUGCUUCACACAUCCGGGCCGCGGCAAACGUCAGAUUCAGAAGAGAAUUUCUCAAAAUAGAAAAUGAGCAGAUAGAAACAGCUUAAAACAAUUUUUAUGGAUAAAAAAUUCCGUGGAAGUUUUACUUUAGGUGUAGAAAUAAUGAACACUGAACGACAAGUAAAGGAAACUUGGUCACCUGGUACAUAUUCGCGUUUGCCGUUUAACGUGAACGUGAUGCUUAACUUCUCUGUUGUCAUGGUGGCGGAAACAAGACAGUCAUCAAAUGCAGAAGUUUUUUUUCACAUUGCGAUCGGGAAAGGGCUUAAACUCACCCAAUAAAAAUAACCGUGCUAACUUUUCUGGUGAAAGCUCAGUCAUGGAGCUUUCUGCGUUGUUUAUUUAGUUCUGAAAAUUCAAGGAAAGCAACUUUAAACAAUAUCAUCCACGUCCUCAAAUCUGUAGUGAACACCGUCUCUAAAUAUGCUAAUUUAGCAACAGAACUGGGACGUCAUUUGACGAAAGGAAAGCGCGCGGAAAGGACUAAACACAACUUCCGGUGCCCAAUUUGUCGCUCUGCUAUUGGUCAAGCCAGUUGUUUGAUUUGCGCGCGUCGUUGCGUAGUCAACUGACGUUCCCGUUUCGUUGCUAAAUCAGCCUAGAUGUCGGUUUAAAAUCUAGUAGCCUUUGCCGCUUCUUGUUAGAUUCAAUCACCUUUUUUUUUGACAGCUGAAGAAUAAUUUCAAUCGAACCAUCAUAGAGAAUCAGUCAAUUUAAAGAAAUUGGUUAUCUCUGUUUUUCUUUCCUGUAUAAUUAGGUCUCAAACUGAAUCUAUUUAUCGAGUCUCAUGAAUAUGUCUCCCAGUUAAGCCACGCUGAAGGCGCCAGAAUUGUCAUCCAUGAUCAGGCAGCUAUACCCUUCCCAGAUGAUGAGGGGAUGAACGUUCUCCCUGGAAUUUCUACCUCUGUUGGAAUUCGAACGGUAUGAAGCAAAGUAGACGUAACAGCUAAAGCUAUCAUCUAGAUUUAGGACCUGUUUAUAACCCGUGGUGGGUCACCCCACUUGUAUAUGUAAACGUUAUCAAAUUAAAAUAAGAGAUUAUAUGGAUUACGAAUUCAGGACCAGUUUGUUCAAUGACCAAAGUGGGUUGCCUAACCUACUUGCGUCCUGGGGUCCCCCACCUCCAUGAAAACAGGUCCUUAGUGGGACGCAAUCUGGAAAGAGCAUUUAGUCAUUGUUAGGACAGUAGUCCAUAUUUUUGACUGCAUGUCCAUGUUUACCAUUGGAAUUAGAGAAAUUAAUUGACGUAUAUAACCUUUUUUCAUUGGUAAACUAUUGCCAAUCUAUACUCUGUGAGACUUUUAAGUCUUUAAAAGAGUGUGCAAUUUCUACUAGUAAGCGAGACGCCGCCUAGCAUACACCAGUUAUUUUUUGGAUUCCCCCGAAAAAAGUGUCUAUGGCGUCUAUGAGCACAGUAGAUUUCCGGUGAAAACGUGAGCCGCUUUAUGAAGUAAAGUUAACAAAAAAUGAUCUCAUUUUAAAUCGUGCUCUUUUUUCUCACUUAAGGAAAAGAUUCAGCGAGCAGAUCCUUUUAAUAACGGAAGCUGUCGAAAAAUAUCUGAAGUUGAGAAAGGGCUCAAUCGACCUUACUCAAGAGAGGUGAGUGUAAUUGAAUGUAAGUUUUUUUAAAACUAAAAUACCACCCAAGAUACUCUGAGAGCUUUUUGCUAGAUGUGAAAGAAAAACAACCGUCCAACAUCGCGCCGGACGCCGUUAAAUGGUGGGCAUUAUCAAAAUUAUACUCUCCGAAUGUUAACCAAACAUUUGACAACUGAUAUUUUUGUACCCUUAAUUUGGCAAUAAUUUUUUUGUUAGGAUGAGUCCCUCAGUAAUUAUUCACUCAUUAUUUAUUUCCAUUUUUUAUUUCUGUCAGGCUUGUAUGAAAUCGUGUUUAUCCACUCUUCAGAUCAGAAAGUGCGGAUGUGCAGAUGCACAUUCUGCAUACGAUGAGACAAUCGGCCCCAUCUGUGACAUUCUCAAGAAUCGUAAAAUAGGUAAUCAGUUCUAAAAGACGUGUUUUACAGGAACUGCAGGGGUAAAUAUUCCAGAAGCUAAAUAAAGGCGGAAACUUGAAUUUGAAACAAAUUCCAAAUGUGUCGAGAACAUGCCUGUUAAAUUUCUGGAUUUUAUGGUUAGCUGUAUUUAAUUAUUAUUAAUAAAGUGCAUGUGUAGUGUAGAGACAAUGUACUUACUGAAGCUAAGUUUUACUUGUUUUAAAAAUAUUUAGCUUCUGUGUUUUGUUAAUAUGUUGAAAUUUUAUAUUUAGUACGAGAUAAUAUGAUUUUCCUUAGUUAGAAUUAUAAGUAGUGUCAGUGUACAUGCUACCUUGCCUAGUCCCUAGGCCUCAUUAUUGUGCGCGGCCGAUGCGUCUCAGGUCACGUGGUCUGAGAAAAUUGUCUCCCGGCCGUUCGUCUCGGAUACGUCACCGAAAUGCAUUGACCGAGGAGGCCUGGAAAGACGCCUUAUAGGGACUAGACAGCAUGCUACCAAGACAGCAUCCUGUCUUGUCCCAGCUAGGCUACCAAACUGUAAAAUGGCCUUGAGCUCGAGCUCUCUCUGAGGUGGCCGUUGAUGAUUGACUGUAAUUAAUGUUUUGAUUAUUUUUUUCAGAGACAUGUUUGAAUGACUUGGUUGAAAGGUUCAUGAAUGGUGAAUUAGACUGUCAAUCCGAAUGCCCAGUGCUUUGCAGGUACAAACGUAUCUCUUGUAAUCUUGGAGGUAGAGCUGACCUGAAAUUAUAUCUGAGUAUUCGCAAUUAUAUUUUCUCCUAUAUAAAACUCUAAAUGAAUCUAUCGAAGGAAAAACAAAGCAUGAUCAAUUUUUGGUCCUUUUCCGACAACACCUGCAUUAGUUCAACUUGAAAAAGUUGCAACGGGUUUUCAUCCUAGCCAUAGAGAGUCAAAAACAUACACUAACACGUGAUAGAUAGAAGUAAAGGAUUAUUUUGUAUUAAAUUGAUCCAUAUUUUCAGAUUAGGAUUUUCUUUGGUUCUACUUCGUAAUUAAAAAUUGUCUUAAAAUUCCAAAAAACCUUAACAUGGCUCUCAUAAUGCCCCUCCCAAGCUGCUGAGAAAUCUCAAUGAAUUAAAUAAGAUUAUUAUUCAUUCAAAAUAUUUCCCCCAUUCUGAUUGGCUAAAAACACACGCAUAAUUCACCAUAACCAGCUACUGAUGACCAAAUUUGGAAGAAUUUUGCGAUUAAUGAACCGAUGACGUCAAAAGUGCAGCCUUCAUACAAGUUAAUGCACCAUUAACCAAGAAGACCUGGGAACGAGGUUGAGUUGUUUUGGUUGUGAAAACAAAAAUGGCGGACAUUUCACUCGUUUCAAGAGUAAGAACUAGGCGAAAUAAUAGCUAAAAACAUGACAAGAACAGCAAGAAGACAACUCGAAGGGCGACAUCUGCUAUUUGGAGAAUAUUUGCGGAGCUGAACUACCCUAAACGUGCACUAUCGAAGAUGAACUUAACGUCGAUGGAGGUACACUUGUUUUAGCUACGUUUUUAAACCAGGAAUUAUUUUGAAUGAACAAUAAAACAAUUAUUGAAUUCGGCUUUCGUAUCAUAUGAAGAAUUAUGGAGAACUCGAAGGGUGUUAUAACGCCCUCCUCGAUCUCCAUAAUUCUUCAUAAGAUACUCAGCCUCAUUCAUUAAUUGUUAAUUUAUCUUUCAGUGAAGUUGUGUUUAAACCAACUACGUCGAUGGCAAGGUGGCCUUCACAAGGAUACAAGGUAAGUUAUAGAAAUCCUGGGGGAGGGGGUUAAUCUCCUCAGACUACAAUAAGCUGUUCCUUUGAGAGUCUUAAAGGGAGGGUAGCUUUGACGGUUGAUGGUUAAUUUUUCCAAUUUUACGGUUGACGGUUAUUAAAUGGAAAUUUAGACUAAAAUCUUCUGAUUUCUUCGUACCCUAUCAGUGGGUGAGAGCCAUGUCUACCUUAGGGCACUUAAAAGUAGAUCCCUCUCCGAUCACAUGCACUGCUCAUAUAUGGCAGUGUCCCCUACACAGAGAUAGAAGAAUCUUGAUUAGUGAGAAUUCCAACAAAAAAAGCAAUGAAUGCCAGGGGGAACCAAAUGAAAUAAAUAUAUUGGGGUUUCGUAAACGGAUACGCCGGGGUACUAUAUAUGGGCUUCAAGCAGUUUACUCUAGAAACUAGUUUACUCUAUAAACCAGAGCGUUUGGGUCUAGAAUAGGGUAUAAUUUUUCAGGAAACUGAUCAGUUGGUUGAAAAUUUUAUCUAGACUAGGGAAACAGCUACUCUAGGAUAGGGAGGAUUUGGGGAGUUUACUCUAGUAUAGGGUAGCAAAAUUCAGCUGAACUAGCUCUGGUAUAGGUUAAGGGUACCAGGGUCCCAGCGGCACAUCCCCACCCAAAAAUUCCUAAAGUACCCCCCCGGGACGGAUACACAUUGAUAAAAGGCAUAAUGAAGGAAUCCCCUUUCCAUAAGGACUGAGAUGCAUCCAACGCUAACGUUAGAGAGCUUUAGAUUCGAGGGCAAGAACUACUACGCCGGUACGAGAUUUGACUUGACGUUUUUUCGCGUAUUCUCAAAAAACAGAUACCACGGAAAGCUUGAUUGUAAUUUUGAUUCACCAGAAAAGUUAGCAUUGUUAUCUUUAUCAGGGAGUUUUAAUAAGCUCUCUCCCGAUCACUUUUAACAUUAUUUGAUAACUCGUUUCCGCCACUACGACAUUCUUGUUUAAACUAGCUAGAAUGACGACUGCUAUCUAGCCUGCGUGGAGUUAGGCUAACGGCUAUAACGUUUCGCCACCAAAAUCAUGACGGACUACAGAAAAAAGAGAGACUGCUCGUAGUCUAGUUACUCACUAGGGAUUAUUUACUUAUCUCGACAGCAAAGGCUGUUUAACCUCUUAAAGAAGAGGGGGAAUGACGCUUAUGCUGAUCAGCUAAGCAAUGGUGCCGACUUUUUGGAGUAAGUACAAAUACAUAUUAAGAAAACAACCAUGUUGAUGUCGGCAUGAUUUUCUACGUUUAUGAAAUGAGUAAAAACAUGGUAAAAACAGCAGUUAUGCUUAGUGACGCUUGUGCUAGCUAUCUACUAUUAUAUUACAUGCAUAAUCAGACAAGGAGGAGGGUGUCAAAUUCCUUCUACAAUCAAUACAAAAAACGAUUUUUUUAUUUUUAUGAUGCCCAGGAAUGAUUGUCUUAUAAUAUUAUCACACUGAUAAGUGCUUACCUUGAUCGUCGAUGAAAAGUUCCCGUCUUCUUCAUUAAUCACCUGUUUCUCGACAAAUUUAGGAUAUAAACGGAUGUUUAGUCUAACAGACUUUCUUCGGUAAAAAUGUCACACAAAAACACCGUAAAAACACGACCUGCGAAGGAAAACUCCGCCAUCUUGUAAGAAACACAACAGCAAUGCACUGUGGGAAGUUGCCAUCCGUCGGGUUAUUUUUUGUUAUUUUUAGUCAGUAGUUUAAUUGGCCAUUUCUUCUUUCCAAAAGUGUGGCAAUUUCCUUUGUUAUCUCUUUUUCUUAAAUUUCUAGGGAAGAUUUCCUUCAAGUUCGUGUGUUUUUUGAGAGAUUGAAUUUCCAGGAAGUGAGGGAAGAAUUGAGUUAUAAGGUAAUAACAUUAAUUUAUUUUUGGCUCAUUGAGUACCAAUUCAUUCAUAACAACAACCUCCUGCAACAUUUGAUACAUUAUGUGAAUAUUAAUGUUCGUCUUCUGAUCAUAACAUCUUUUUCUUUUUAGUUUGAUUCUCUAACAACAUUUGAUGUGAUCUGAGACGAGCGUCAUUCCCCAAUAAAAGCGAAUGCAUUUUUAGGUUUAUUGCUAUAAAAAUAUUUUUAAUGAUAAUAAUCCUAUUGAGGACUCAACUCACCCGGACGACUCAAUAUUCCGCCUACUUUUAACCAACAUCAUCGUAAACUGUAAAUAGUUGUUGUAAAGUAUUAAUGCUUUUACGACACACUUUAAACCGAGCCGCUAACUCCCUGGCGGAGGCCUUGGUACAUUUCUGGGAGGCUAGAGAGAAAGAAAAAAGAACGCCCGUUGAGCGGGUGGGGUGGCAGGUCGACGAUUUAUCCCGGAGAAUGCGUCCUGCGCGCUCAAAGUUCAUGAACGCUUCUUUCCAUUUGGAAUACCAUUUGAACUCUGAUUGCGCAGGAAAGAAACCAAGCCACGAUACUGUUUUUGUUCUACUGGUCUUAAUAUUGACUUUAAUUUCCCUUCAUGUUCUUCGUAGGAUGUCAACUUGUUGGCAGAUAUUGGCGGUCAGCUGGGUUUGUGGAUUGGUGUUUCGGUGCUCACCUGCUGCGAAUUUCUGGAGUUAGCGCUACGUUUGACACAGAAUUUGUUUAAGAGAUUAGCAGCACAAAGGAACAAAUUUAAAGUGGGAGGUCUACAAAAGUGA